AUGCAUUACAGACAGAGGUAGAAAAUAAUCGCCUGAAUGAGAAACGGUUCAACCAACUGGAGCGUGAAUAUAGCCAGUAUGAGCAGGAAAUCCAAGAUCUCAAUAAAGACAUAGAGUGUCUUAAGAAUGCUUCAGAAGAAGAGAUAGCGGAGCUAAGAUCUGAAAUCUUCAGGAUAAAAAGUCAGCUAUAUAAAGCUAGGAAAGAUGUGCAAGAUAAGGAACAAUAUAUCUCUACCUUAGAAGAGCGAUUG